CAUGAGUAAUGCGCGUCCGACCAAACGCCCGUGCUUGUUGCUUGCCGCCUAUAACGGCGCCGGCGAAGCAAUUGAGCCGCACACGUCGGCGGCCGCUCAGAGGGGCUGCACGUACCUCGCCCUGCUGCUCGGUAAGUAACAGACAGACGCAGCCAGCACAGCUCGGUGGGGUGGGUGAACUGCUUUGUCUGUGCCGUGUGUGUCUGUCUGUGCAGGUUUCAUUAGCGUGUUGUCGGCCUGCUUCAUGUCGGUGUGUGGAGUGUUUUUGCGAACCGAUAAUGAUGGGUAUCCCUUUUUGUGGGCAUUCCAAUGGGUCGGCAGGGACGUCGUCCGUCACUGCUUCUACUUUCUGAUCUUCUCGCUGCCAAGUGAGUCAGUCAAUGCAUUGGGAGGCGUGUUUGUAAUGCAUGUGUGCCUGCCUGCCUGCCUGCCUUUGAGUUGCAGGUGUGCCAUCGCCGGACAUCGCCUGGGUGGUGCAGCGCCAAAGGCACGGACUGCUUAUCGUCGGCUGCCUGGCCGCCUUCAAGACCACCAUCGGCCUCGUGGCCUUCAACGAGUGCAUCUUCGAGAUCCCCAGCAGCCCCAGAGCUGACGCCGCCACGGCCACAUUCCACCGCAUCAUCACCAUCUUCUUUCUCAUAUGGGAGUGCGCCGAGUACGUCUUCAUCUUGCCGUGCCUCCUGGUGCCGCCCCCGCGACCCUUCUUCUACACCGCCGUGCUGCUCAGCCACCUAGUGACGGCUGUGGUGACGCUGUCUGCUGAGUUUGGCGACGAAAAAGCCUGGGUGGAGCCGAUGUGGCCAUUCCUGCUUUUGGUGACUCCCGUCAUGUGCUGGAUCGACAACCCGCAGAGGGCGGACCGCGGCUACAGGAUCGCUUUGGUGCACAUGCUUAUUCAGGGGGUCUUGAUUCUGCCGAUAGCAGCUCGCGUCUCGAUGCGGCUGCUGUCUGGGGAGGGCUGGGUGUUUGUGGGAGGGGUGUGCUACGUGUGGGUACAGUGGUCGGUGGUGACUUGCCUGGCCAAGAGGUUUCUUCAAGUGCUGACCAUCCGCGCCAUGGGGCAUCAUAUGAUCUGCACUGCGCUGGUGAGUCAGUGAGUGGGGGAGGGCGAACGGAGGGACGUGGUCAGGCACCCCAGAUGGGGCAUGGCAUGAAUGUGUCUGUCCGUCCCUCUGUUUGCCUCUCUCUCUCUGUGACAGUUUACUUUCAUGGUCAGCUUGGUCGGACGUUAAGGCAUCCCAUCCACGAAGGCGUGUACGGUGCGUCAUCCAAUGUGUUGGUUGCAUUUAAUUUGCUUCUUCAGGUGUACGAUGACGUCUUUGCGGCGUUGCUAUUCACUCUUGUCCCCGUCGACGCCCCAUCGCUGCUCGUCCUGCUUCUCGCAUUCGGAUGCCGUAUCAUCAUCCGCGACGCAUGCUUGCCGUCAGAUAUAGGAAGGUAACCAACAUGAGGGCAGGACAACUAAUGUGAGUCAGCCCAGCCCCACACCCACUGUCUUGAUUCCUCUCUCUGUGUGUCUCUGUGUGUGUGUAUCUGUUUUGGCUUUAGGUUGUUGUUCGAUCGCCUUUCCCGCAAUGUCUCGAGCGCCGAGGCUUGGAAGGAGAUCUUUGACGAGCAGGAAUUGUACAGUAGACACUGCUUCGUCACUGAAACGUAAGGACAGGCGGAGACAGCGAUUGCAUUGCAUUGCCCUCGUCCGUCGCCAUCCAAUCUCAUGUGUGCGCCGGUCUGGUCUCAAUUCGUGCGUGCAGGAUAGCUGUAACUGCCGUUGGCACGCUUCUGACGGUCGAGGCCAUCCUCGUCGAUCAGCUCGGUGUCGGCUCCCUCACUCUCACCCGCGAUAAGACGCCAUCCGACCGCACAGCCCUAAUCUUUGUCAGCAUCGCUUCACUACUUGUCGUCGUGUGCGCCCGCACCCUCGUCGCGCGAAUCUACGCAGCCAAAAGGCGCCGCCUCGCAGCUGUCAAAACGCCGCCUUCACCGUCACAAACCAACAGAGUCAUGGAGAGUGGCAAUUCCACCGAGCGAGAGAGCGAUUUGGCGGAAAGGGAGGAGGACGGUGUUCAGGAUAUGAUCAUCGACAUGAAGAAGACGUCGAGUCUCGAUAUCGGCUUCAUGCAAUACGCCCCGCCAGAACGAGAUCCACGCCGACAGUGGUCCCAGUCGCCCGUCGAAUCGCCGCUGUUGCCCAGCUCGUGCGCACUGACUCGGUCUGCUGAUGGUGGCUCAGACAGCGAUAACGACCUAUCUGUCGCGAGCAGCAGACGUGGAGUGCCUUCUACCGUCGUCAAGCGGGCGUCUUCUCGCUUCAGCACCACGAUCCCUCACCGCCGGUCAUCCGACAACGUCUCCUCCGUCCCCACACGGAGGGCGUCUGACGCGUCGACUUCUGGCUUGACCUUGAUCCCUCAUCGUCGCAGUUCGGAGACCUUCUCGGUGAUUCCGUCUGUGCCGUCGACUUGUCUGCGCUGUCACGGCGACCACAUGCUGGACCAUCCGUUCUUCUUCCCGACAAUCGAGGAGAUCGAGGGCAUCGACCCCAUGCUGCUCGCCUGCCACGAGUCGGGCCCUCUCAAAUCCGUCGACGACAUCUGCGAUGAUGAGAGUGAGUCUUCCUUCGAUGAUCAGCCGAGCGUCUCGCCCGAGGCUCAGUCCCCCGCCCCCAGCGAGGCCUCUCUGCCCUUCCCCUUCUCGCCACCGGAGCCUGUGAGGGUGUCGUCCUUCACGGCCCGGACGCGAGGGACGAUCGCGAGCUUGCGGGAUGCGGUGCAAGAGGCCGACAGGGGCUGGGAAGGAGGCAAGCGGCGCUUUCGCCCCGACUCACGCAGCAAGCCCUUCCCGCCGCAGCCGAGGCUUGACGAGACCAUCUACAUGCAGCGCCGCUUCUCUCUCGAGGCCUUCGCACCGCAGCGGGAGAUACUCCGGUGGCGGAGGACCAUGUCUGCUCCUUCCUUUCUGAGCUCUCAGGCCGACCUGCAGACCCUCGACCAGCCAAACGCCGACAAUCCCCUCUCUUCGGCAUCUUCAUCCUUUUCGUCACCAUCCUCUUCUUCCGAUGACGGCUGUGAAGGCGUGCGCUUCUCAGUUCCUUGCAGUCGCCUGCAGAAGGGCCUCUCAGAGCUUCGCGCUAGUGUGGACAGGCGAAACGGCCGCGCCAAGCGAUGCGGGACGGCAGGCCUGCGCGUGGUGACGGAGCAACCCCGGCACUUCCGCGGCAGCGUGUCCGAGCCGGCGCCCUCUCCGAGCUCCGUGUCUCUUGCGGCGAUCGAUGUGGACACCAAGCGGUCUGAGGCCGAGUUUUCAAUCCCCAUCCAGUUGACAUCCUCGCCGCGCUUCCGUCUGAGUGAGGGUGACGACGAUGGCCACGCCACAACUUCCCAGGACUCAUCUGCUGCUCCGGAUCGGUCGCUCUCGUCAUGGCUCAGCUGGUGCUGGUUGGUCUUCCUGGACACUGUGUUGGUGAAGAAGGAGGACCUUGAAAGCGGUGGGAAGCGUCAGCGGCUGAUGUUUCUAUUGUGUGCCACGGUGUUCGGUGUUCAAGCAGCGCUGUGGGUGCUGACGGUGCAGCGCUUUGCGGAGGAGAUGCAAAUGGAGGAUAAUAGUGGGUUGUCAUUGAGCCGCCUUGAUAGGUCAGCAUAGGGGAUUAUGUCGUUUGUGCGUGUAUGUGUAUGUGUAUGGUGUGGCAGCCAGUCAUGUGUUUAAUGCACACAAGGCCUGGCCUGGCUCUGGGUGUGGGUUGGGCUGUUUUGCUGUGUCCAUAGUGUCCAUGCUGCCUUGGUGUUGAUGGGCCAUGACCGUGCGUGUGGGGGGUGUUUUUUCCCCGAGGAGUAUCCAACAUCUGGACUGACUGC